AUGCACUCUCCUUCCCUCGCUCUCCACACACCCACAUACGGCGUAGCUUCGUACAAUUCGCACAAGUUCGAUGGACACGGAGAAUUGCAGGCUUGCAAGAGCACACGCAUCCAUGGCCCAGACGGCCACAGGCACAAGACACCAUCCGUGACACGCACAACGAUCAGCGCCGGUCCCCGCCCGGCCCAGGCACAGCUACCCGGACCAGGCCAAGACAAGCUUUCUCUCCUAUCGAAACCUUGCAAACGCCUCAGGGGUCAUCCUCCGACUCUGGCGGCAUGCCCAGCCCGCCAUUGGCUCUGCUGGCCUCGAUCUAUUUGGCCCGCUCGCGCGUUCUCUUCAGCGGCGAGCCAGGUCCAGCCUAGUGCAGCCAAGUAG